AUGGCAAGCACUCGUGAUUCCCAUUCGUUCGCUUGCGAUGAGUGCCGGCUCCGAAAGUCGAGGUGUUCGAAAGAGAGGCCUGUUUGUUUGCAAUGUCAGCAAUUGAACAAGGAAUGCAAGUACAGUCCGAAGGUCACCCGGAGUCCAUUGACGCGGCAGCACUUGACCUAUGUUGAAGACCGCUUGCAUGCUUUUGAAACAGCUUUAGGCAGGUUGUUUCCUGGAGGUGACCUGGAUGCCACCCUUCGAUCUCUUUUGCAGAACCCAGAGGCUCCCAAGGCACCCUCUUCAAAAUCGUCUUCGAGACAUUCGACUCCAGCAAAGCCCGAGGCAGAGCGGACUGAACCUGCACCCGAGGCCCUGCCUCAGCAAGCUGAUGGCUUUGACUGGGCCGAGAAGGAGCUUGUCUUAGGGGACCUGGCUGAUGGAAUGGCCGCAUUGUCCAUUAAGCCGGAGGGAGCCGGCUAUUUCGGAGCUUCGUCUAGUGUUGUCCCGCUGAGAGCGCUUUUUGACCAUGGGUUUGACCUGAACAUACCGGUCCGCGCAUCAAGAUCUGGUGGCGUACCACUCAAAGCACAACUUCUUGAAAGUGCUCCGUCUGGCUUGAUUGAACAAGCGUUCAUCGACGCAUAUUUCCUGAAUUAUCAUACGAGCUAUCCGUUUGUUCACGAACCAACCUUCCGAGCGCAGUUCAAUGAACCCUCUCUUCGACCUCACGGUACUGCUUGGCAGAUUCUACUCAAUACCAUUUUAGCACUUGGUGCAUGGAGUAUUGGAGAUGACAGCUCAGACCUCGAUGUAACCUUCUACCAGGAAGCCCGAGCCUGUCUACAGCAAUCAUCUGUCUUCGAAACUGGAAACUUGACGUUGGUCCAGGCAUUGUUACUCCUGAGUAACUAUGCUCAAAAACGGAACAAGCCUAACACUGGUUGGAAUUAUCUGGGCCUGGCUGUCCGUAUGGCUAUGAGUCUGGGUUUACAUAAGGAGUUCCCGGGAUGGAAGAUCAGUCUUCUCCAGCGAGAGAUCCGCCGCCGACUAUGGUGGGGCGUGUUCAUAUUUGACAGUGGUGCUGCAAAGACCUUUGGUCGCCCUAUUCUUCUUCCAGAGGAGUGUGUCAUGGACUGCAAACAAGUCUUGAAUAUUCAUGACGAUGCUUUAACUCCGGAAACAAUUACACUGCCUCCCGAAUCAGCUGGACCCACCCUCUAUUCCGGCUUGAUCGCACAAGCCCAGUUUCAUCUCCUGACCAACAGCGUGUAUCAGCGCUUGAUCUCCAGCCCUAGCAUCACCCCCGAAGAAACGUUGAACCUACAGAAGCCCAUGGAAGAGUGGUAUAGCAAUUUACCAUCAUAUAUGCACUAUCCACUACAACCUCUUGCCGUGCAUCCAACACAACCAGAUCCAGACAACCUUGCCCUCGUUCGGAACCGAAUUUUAUGGCGAAACUGGAAUCUGACUAUUCUCAUCUACCGCCCAAUCCUGCUUCGGUGGGCCGCUCGUCGCUGGGGUCCUCACAGCGGUGUCUCUGAUGUAUCAUCCGUUACAUCGUCCGAAGGUGGCCAUGAAGAUCCUUGUGAGACAGAAUGCCGCUUACGCUGUUUCCAAAAUGCACGGCUCACUAUCUCCUCGAUCUCCGAGUACAUGGAAAACUACAUGUGCACCAGAAUUGGAGCGUGGUAUAUGCUCUACUUCCUUUUCCAAGCUGGUCUUAUCCCCAUCGUCCUUCUGAUGACCGAUCCCUCAAAUCCAGAUGCUCCGACCUGGCUGCAAGUUAUUGAGACCACAAAAGCCCUUCUGACACACCCGUCCCUUGGCAAUAAUCAACUCGCUCUCCGAUGCUAUGAGGUCAUCAACCGACUUCUGGGCCCAUCGCCAAGCAUCAUGUCUAACCUUCCACCUCAUCAACAAAACACCCAACAGCCCUUCCAUCAACAGCCGCCGCAGCAAGGUUUCAUGCCGUUCCCAGAACAGUUGUUUGGUGACCCCGGGUUUGGAGGCAGUCUAUUCCCAGUGGAACAGCAUAUGCCUAGCCCAGGCGGCAUGGACUUUUCAGAAUGGGUUAAUUACCCAGGUGUCGAGUGA